AUGGCUGAGACAGUAGGUGUAAUGCCAGCAGAUGAAGAGGACAUCCCAAAUAAGCGUGAUGAUGAAGACCCACUUCUGAAUCAUGAUGCUAUAGCAGCAUCUCUGUGUUGUUCUGCCAGCCCUUUGUUAGCCACCCUUAAUGAAGAAAAGGGAAACUCAGCAGUGCCAGAGAGACUGUCCAUCCUCUCCAGCAAAGCUGCAGCCCAGGCAAAAGCCCUUGCUGGCCAAGAGAUGGUUAGUGGUAGCCAGGCACAGUGGGCAGCCUCUGGGUUGGCUGAGCAUCCUCUGACAGCUGUAAAUACAUCAUUAGGUGGCUCAUCAUACCCUGCGGCAGUUCGUAACCUGCAGCCUGCAGGCAUUGCCUCCCCAUGCUCCAAAAGCCACUGCUGCGAUGGUGACCCGAGUUCAGAGGUGCUGCAGGUCCCAAGGGCACUCGGCAGGGCUGGCAAGCCCCCACAAGCUGUCACUGCCCUGCCAGGGAAGGAUCCCAGGGGCUGCCACAUGCUGCAGGUGGGGACCAGUGCUAAGGGCGAUAUGGCUCCCUGUAGUCUAGGCCAGGUGAUUUGGGCAAAGACCACAGAAGUAAUGGAGACCUUAGAAAAUAAGAAAAAGGAGGAAAAGGAGAAGUAUCGGCUCCAGCUAGCUAUGUACCGACGGCUUCUGCUGUUGCGCUCAAUCAGAAGCUUGCAUAAGCAGCUGGAGCAGCAGCAGGCCAGAUUGCAGGAAUGCUACGGCAUGGUAAUAAAUACCAAGAAAGAAGUGUUGAAACACAUUCGCUCAACCUCGCCCUCACCUUCGCCAUAAUCGUGUUGCUGCAUGCAGAAAUGAGCUUUGUAAUGCCACCGGAGCCGUCAGUAAGCUUGCACGCCAUAAGGGUGGUGUCCUCAUACCCAAGAGUACGUGCCCACAUGCGCUGAGAGCAGAGAGGAAACAGCAGCACAAGCAGCAGAGCAAGAAGAAAAGAGAAAGUAAAGUGUUGGUCCCUGAACUUGUCUGGAGGAAACUGGAGCAAGCUUGUACCUGUGCAAGAAGCUGCCUCCUGAUGCACACUCAAAGCCUCAAGCUGAAAUAGGAUUUUUGACAUAUAGUUUCUUAAAAAGAAAAAAAAAAACCAAAACCCACAACUGGGAACCUGUUCUUACACCUGACCUGUAAAGGUGGUCAAACUGAAGAGCUGCUGCCUACUGAAUAUGUGAUAUGGCACAUCUCCCUUCUACUUUCAGCGCUAACAAAACUUAAGCAGAAUUAGGGUUCAUUUGUUCACAAGAAUGCCUGAAUCUAGAAAGCCAGGAUGUUUGAAAUACUUACGCUCAGGCUUGAUAAUAUCUACCUAGCUGCCUGUUUUUCACAAAACUGCUAAGGCUAUUGUACAUUUGUGACCUCGACCCUCACAUAAGAUGUAUUUAGAUUGACCAGAAAUUAUUGUGGGAAGGCAGGACAGUCAAACACACGCACAGGGAGACAGUGGAACUGCCUAUGCCUUAUUUCCUUAGGAAAGUGAGCUAAAAACA